CUCAUUCUGUUUUGGCACAUUGUUAAUAGCGUUUUCGACUUAAUUGACCUGUAAGUGAACUCGGGUCAUAUAUACACUUUUUAAAUGCAACCUACGGGGUAACUAGAGUGCAAAUUUUAGUCUUUUAAGUCGAACAUAUUGCAGAUUUUACAGUGCACACGGUUCACACAAAUGUCUGAAGGCAGGUUGAUAACAUAACCUCAAAAGUCGACAGACGCCUUUUCAAGUUUCUAUGAUGACAGAUGCUGUUAAAAGUUAAAGGCAAUUUAUUAAAAAAUAUAAAAUUGUUAACUUCCCGAUUAUUCAUAAAUAUGAAUCCUGAUCACGCAGCUUUCGAGGCAAACAAUCAAUAUAUUUGUGGUUAUUGCAACUGGCAUAUGGAUCCAUACUGCCAGAAUUAUUUAGAUCAUGUUUGUUUUGCAACAAAAGCAAAAGUUUACUCUGACACAGGCUUUGAACUUGUGGUAGAUGACAACAAUAUAGUUACAGUGGAGGUGAAUUCUGAUAGUGAGAGCUUCAAAGUUGACAAUUGUAACCACACAGAAAAUAACCGUAAUAAAUUUGAAAUUAAAUGGACCAGCGAAGAAACAAAUCUCCUAUUAGACAAGUAUGAGAAUUAUAUGAUACAAGUGGGACCACAAAAAAAAUUUAAAACCAAAAAGAAAAUGUGGGAAAAAAUAGCCAGUGAUGUUAAUAAUAUUUUUAAAAAAGAUUAUACGCCUGUUCAAGUAGAAAACAGAUACAAAACAAUACUAAAACGAAAGAAAGAAGCAGUAGAAAACAACAGCCACACAGGAGAAAGUCGUGAGGAAGUACCCUUUGAAGCGGAAUUAAGUAAAAUUGCUGCACUAGAUGAUAGCAUCCAGCCUGAAGUAUUACAAUCUGGAAAUAAUGUGCGAGUAUUAAAAACACCAACAAAUGCACAGAAGAAAGCUAAGCGUUCAAAAAAUAAAUCCAUAGAGGAAACAUUAGAAGAAAUUUUCAAACGGAAAGAAGAAAAUAAGGAAAGAAGACACCGUGAAAAAAUGGCUUUAUUUGAAAAAUUCUUUAAUAAGUAAACAUAUCACAAUUUUGU